AUGCCCGGGAUAGACAAGGAGAUAGCUGAACACAGGCUCAGCGUAUACCCCACUGCCAAGCCGGUGUUCCAAAAGAAGAGAACCUUUGCACUAGAACGGCAAGAAAAGGUGAUCGAGGAGGUAACCAAGUUGCUUGGUGCCGACUUCAUUGAAGAGGCUAUCUAUCCAGAAUGGCUUUCUAAUGUUGUAAUGGUGCCCAAGCCAAACGGGUAUAAUCAGAUCAGAAUGUAUGAGCCUGAUAUCUUGAAAACUUCUUUUGUUGCGGGGAGGGACACGUAUUGCUAUAUUCGCAUGCCAUUCGGAUUAAAGAAUGUUGGAGCCUCCUAUCAACGCCUGAUAAAUUACCUUUUCAGGCACCAAAUAGAACACAAUGUGGAAGUUUAUGUAGAUGAUAUGCUGGUCAAGAGCUUGAAAGCACAAGAUCACAUUGCAGAUUUGAACGAGGCAUUUCAGGUUUUAAGAGAAAGCGAGAUGAGGUUGAACCCGGCCAAGUGCGCCUUUGGCUUCACGUCAGGAAAGUUCCUCGGUUUCAUGGUCUCAAGAAGAGGGAUAGAGGCAAAUCCAGCAAAGAUCAAGGCUAUACUAGAGAUGCGUCCACUUAGAAGAGUUAAGGAAUUACAAGAAUUCACAGGAAGGAUAGCCAUGCUCGGGAGAUUUAUCUCGACUUCGGGAGACAGAUGUUUGCCUUUCUUCAGAGCUCUCAAGAACCGAGCAAAGGAACACGAAACCAAAGGGGCCAAGCUCGCCUUCGAAUGGACCGAAGAAUGCCAGAAAGCCUUCACAGAGUUAAAGAGAUAUAUGGCACAACCACCUCUCUUGACAAAGCCAGAACCAGGGGACACAUUGCAGCUGUACUUGGCCAUCACUGCUAUUGUAGUUAGCACGCCUUUGAAGAAGAUAUUGGCCAAACCCGACCACUCAGGAAGGCUAGUAGCGUGGUGCGUGGAAUUGGGGGAAUUCGAUAUCCAUUACAAGCCCCGAACAGCCAUAAAGGCACAGGCCCUAGCGGAUUUUGUGGUGGAAUGCACACCCCUUGAAGAAGAAAUCCCCACCACUACGAAACCUGAAGAGGUGGUAGAAGAGUGGACACUAUAUGUGGAUGGUUCAUCUAGCACAAAAGGGUAUGGAAUCCCGAGAACCCUCAUUACUGACAAUGGAAAGCAAUUUGAGCAAAAGUUUAAGGAAUUUAGUGACCAAUAUGAGAUUCUUCUAAGGAAGACCUCAGUAGCUCACCCUCAAUCCAAUGGGCUGGCAGAAGCCAUGAACAAAAUUCUAUUAGAUGGGAUCAAGAAAAAACUGGAAACAGUCAAAGGUUUGUGGGUGGAAGAACUGCCUAACAUUCUAUGGGCAUAUCGGACAACCACGAGGUUGGUAACUGGCGAAACGCCCUUCAUAUUGGCAUAUGGAAUAGAAGCAAUGCUCCCUGUGGAGAUAGGAGAAAUCUCGUUGAGGGUACAACUCUAUAAUCCCGAGAUUAACGACGAAGAACUAAGAAUAAACUGUUAG